AUGGCGAUUCAUACUUGGAAUGCGGUGGUUGCCGCCGCCUUAUUGGUUGGCUCCGCCACUGCUUCGCAAUGUCCUGGCGGCGAGUGGGAUGUCAUCGUUGUUGGCUCCGGACCAGCUGGUAUCGUUGCAGCAGACCGUAUGAGUGAGGCGGGAAAGAGGACUAUUCUCCUGGAGCAAGGAGGCCCAUCAUACUACGUUACCGGUGGUCGUACACGGCCGGACUGGCUGGAGGGCACAGAACUCAGCCGUGUCGAUGUCCCAGGCCUGUACAAGACUAUUUUCUCAAACCCCGGCCAGGGCUUGGUGUGCCCAUCUAAUGUCGUCAACGCCUUCCAGGGCUGCACUGUUGGAGGUAACACUGCCAUCAAUGCUGGUCUUUUCUUCCAGCCACCCGCCAGCGAUUGGGACAAGUAUUUCCCAGAAGGCUGGAAGAACAAGGAUAUGCAAGGUGCCAUUCGAAAGGUCAGGGAAACCCAGCCAAGUACCGACAGCCCUUCAUUGGACGGACAACGAUACCUUCAGAGCGGCUAUGAGGCUGCCAAGAAGUGGCUCGUCAAUGGAGCCGGAUAUGCCGACGUUGGUCUGAAUGACGGCCCUGAAGAACAUUCCAAAAACAAGGUCUUUGGCCAUCCCAUAUGGAACUACGAGGGAGGUCAGAGGAGUGGACCAGUAAAGACCUACCUCCAGCAAGCUCUCAAGCGAUCGAACUUUGCCUUCAGGACCGGAACAAAGGUUCUGCGCGUUCGUCGUGACGGUGACGUUGCAACCGGUGUCGAUGUUGAGGUUGAGGGUACCAACAACACCUGCAUCUGCCUCAAGCAAGGCGGUGUAGUCAUCUCAUCAGCAGGUGCGCUCUUGAGCCCCCAGCUCCUGAUGUGGUCCGGUAUUGGUAACGCAACUCUUUUGGAGGGCCUUGCAAAGAACGGUCAGGUCACAGUCCCAUCUCAGGACUGGAUCAACAACACCGCAGUCGGCGACAAGGUGUUCGACAACCCGAAUACCUUCAUUGAGCUCCACGACGAGUCCGUUGAAUCUUUCGUCUACGAUUACUCUAACCCACCACCAAUAGAUGUUGAGAUGUACCUAAAGAACCGCUCUGGACCAUAUACUUUUGCCUCGCAAACAAGUGCUUUCUGGGACUACAUCCAACAAGGCGAAGACCUCGUUGGUUGCCAAGGCACUAUUGACUCUUCGGGAGCUUUCGACUAUGGAAACGACAACAAUACCAUCACCCUCAACGUUUACGGUACAUCUGGUCUUCGCUCCUUCGGUCGUGUCAGCCUCGACGACAAGGGCAUCGCUCUGCCAUCAUCCAACUUCUUCGCUGACCCCCGCGACGUUAAGGCGAUUGCGACCUUCAUUCACAACAUCUUCCAAGCCCUCCCAGAAACUCUCACGCCCCUCAACAUUGCGAAGAACUCGACUGAAGACGAAAUUGAGGCCUGGUUGAAGACCCCAAGCCAGUACACGCUUGGCAAUGUGCAGCACUGGAGCAGCAGCUGCAGAAUGGGCGAGUGUGUGGAUGCCGAUACCAAGGUCAUCGGCAUGCAGAAUCUGUUUGUUGUAGACGCCAGUAUAGUUCCUCCUCUAACCACAAACCCCGUCAUGGGUGUUAUGAUUGCUGCUGAGAGGGCGGUAGAGAAGAUUCUUCCCCUCAUGAAGACCCCAGCUUUGGAAAUUACCUUGUAA